CCGCGCUUCGGUGGUGGCCAGCUCGCGCCGUUACAAAUACAUAUUUCGACGUCACAAAAGACCUAUAGGUCGCUUCUGGGAACGUAGUUCAUACAAAAGUUGGAGGAAAUAUGCAAGCACUGCGACCAGCGCUCCAGCUGCUCCGAGCGCCAGGCGCACACACACCGCAGGCUCCCGCAGCCACCGCACAUCGCUUCUUUUCGCGCACGCGACCAGCGCGGUUAUUAGGACCGCCUGUGAACAUUCCAAAAUGGGUCGCCGAAAACUCGCACAUGCUCCAACCGCCCGUGAACAACUACUGCGUCUACAACGACUCGGCCACCGUCAUGAUUGUAGGCGGUCCCAACGCGCGCGCCGACUACCACAUCAACUCCACCCCGGAGUGGUUCUACCAGCAUAAAGGCCGCAUGCUGCUCAAAAUCAUCGAUGAGGGCGAGUUCCGCGACGUGUACAUCAACGAGGGCGAUAUGUUCCUGUUACCGCCGGACACGCCGCACAAUCCGGUGCGGUUCGCAGAUACGGUAGGCAUUGUGCUGGAGCAGAAAAGGCCGAAGGAUAGCAUCGACAAGCUGAGGUGGUAUUGUCAGCACUGCAGGGAGCAGGUGCAUGAGGCGAGCUUCCACUGUUCGGAUCUGGGGACGCAGAUCAAGGCUGCGGUGGAGGCUUUCCAGAGGGAUACGGAGGCGAGGACGUGCAAGAAUUGCGGAACGUUGUGUGAUACUGCGCAUAAGGCGAAGGACUGAUUGAUAAACCGAGAUAUGAUGUAGGUUAACAACUGUACAUUAGGAAUUGUGUCUAGCGGUCAUAGACCCUUCCACAGCAUCUUCGCAAUGUGAUCGGCCUUCUUUCU